AUGCGUCAAGAUACUGCACCCCAGAAUCUAUUCAUUCAUCCUGAUACGAAUGAAUGGGUAACAAAGCAAGACAAGGAUAUGGACCGGUAUCUCAAUACACCCAAGUGGCUUACAUGGCCGGACCUACCCACGCCGCCCGACUAUAGUGUGCCUUUCGAGCUGGGCAAACCCCGAGAUGGAGAGCCUUAUAUGAGAACGGGCGUGCGAUCUCGAUGCAUUGCUAUGAAGCUGAGACACAUUACUUUCGCUGGGUGA